AGGUUUCUACUUCCUGUGACAUCAUCGCAUCAUGCCUGAAGGGUCACGGCGUGGCAGUCAGAGAUCGCCUAGCAACACAGCCGCCAAGCGUCCCUCCUCAGUCUCGUCUCUGAGUGGGAUUGUGGGUAGGAUGAUGUCGUCCGGCGACCGAGGAGCCUCUUCCUCCUCCUGCACCUCCGUCAACACCGUCUGCUCGGACGGGGAGCGUCCCGCCUCCCUCUCCCUCUCCUCCUCUGCUUCCUCCGUCUCCCUGCAGGACACUUCCCACUCCUCCUCUUCCUCCUCCUCCUCUUCCUCUCUGCCGUACGGCGCCGUGCCGACCUACAAUGCCUCUUCGUCAUCGUCCUCCACGCCGAAGAGGAACGGCUCGGACAUCAGCCUGGACCUCACGCCUCUCGUCACACCACACGGAGGAGUUGUUGCUGGAGGAGGAGGAGGGGUCUCUGUUGCCAGUGCAACAGGUGGAGGCCACCCCCCUAAUGGAGAUGUAGCCAAUCCGGCGGCAGUGGCGGCAGUGGCCACGCCCAGACAGCUUUCACGGCUGGAGCGAGUGGUUCUGGAGAUCGUGGAGACCGAACAGGCCUACGUCAGAGACCUGAAGAGCAUCGUGGAGGAUUAUCUCGGCUGCAUCAUCGACUGCGGCACUCUGCCUCUGAAACCGGAGCAGGUCAGCACUCUGUUCUGCAACGUAGAGGACAUCUACGAGUUCAACAGUGAUCUCCUGGAGGAUUUAGAGAGGAGUCCUCACGCUGCAGCCAUCGCCGAGUGCUUCGUAGAAAGGAGUGAAGCCUUCGACAUCUACACACUCUACUGCAUGAACUACCCCAAUUCGGUGGCCGUGCUGAGGGACUGCAUGAAAAACAAAAGUCUGGUUCGUUUCUUCCAGGAGAGACAGACGACUCUGAACCAUUCUUUACCUCUGGAGACGUACCUGCUCAAACCAGUGCAGAGGAUCCUCAAAUACCACCUGCUACUACAGGAACUUUCGAAGCACUUUGACAAGAGCGACCCCGGAUAUGAGGUCGUUGAGGACGCCAUCAUCACCAUGACCGCGGUGGCCUGGUACAUUAAUGACAUGAAGAGGAAACAGGAACACGCAGUGCGACUACAGGAAAUUGAGUCCCUGCUGGUGAACUGGAGUGGGCCGGACCUCAGCGGGUUUGGAGAGCUGGUUCUGGAAGGUUCCUUCAAGGUCCACAGAGUGAAGAAGGAGAGAGCUUUCUUCCUGUUUGAUAAGAUGCUGCUGAUCGCCAAGAAGAGGCUGGAACAGUUCGUCUACAGCACGCACAUAUUUUGCUGUAAUCUGCUGCUGGUAGAGACUCUGAAGGAUCCUCUGUGUUUCAAAGUGUCAGAUCAGACGAUUCCCAAACAGCAGCACACCGUCCAGACAAAGAACCAGGAGGAGAAGAGACUUUGGGUGCACUACCUCAAGAGACUGAUCUUAGAAAACCAUCCUGCUUCAUUCCCACAGAAGGCGAGGCAGGUCCUGGGAGACAACUUCUGUCAGUCUCCUCAGUUCGACCAGAAGUCCUCCGCAUCAUCGCGAUUGGACGAUAUCCACGGCUACCACAGAGCCAGACGUCAAUCAGAGCCACCAGAGCUGCUGAUGUACACGCCUGAGAAGUCCAGGAAAAGUCUGCCGCUUCUGCUGGAGGGAAACCUGCCGUAUAGACGCACCAGGAGACAGUCAGCUCCAGCUAAAGACAUCGAAGCAGCGUUUCAUCCCAAUGCUUUGAAGCAGGCGGGCAGUGAGGGUGAGCUUUGCCAGGCAGACAGUCUGGGCUCAGCAGGCAGCAGCAGCACACUCGCGUCCUCCGUCAUCGAGGUGGAGGUCAACAGGCCCGAGCCAGGCCUGAUGCCACAGCUGCGACCAAAUCCAGGAGAAGAGCAGGAAGAGGAAGAAGAGGAGUUGUCCCCCCUCAGCCCUCCUCCCACCCUGUCCAUCACAGAAGAGAUCCUGGAGUUCAUUAACCAAAGUAGAGCCAGGGAAGGACUCACUGCCAUUCACACUGACACAAUGGAGCAGGUUCUGGAUCAGCCCAAAGAAAGUCAGCCUCCAUCUAACCAGACAAACUUCACCUGCCCACUGCCCCCAGUUGCCUGCCCCUCCAGCCCAGAGCAAAGACCCACAAACCAACAGGAGCAGGAAAGAGUAGAAAUGGAGAACAACGGAACCCUCCGAAGUCAGACCGGUGGCUCUGCAGAGGAAGAUGGACUUGAAAAUCAAACUACAAAUGAAGUUCAAGAAAUUCCAGAGGCAACAAGUCAAGUGGAAAAGGAAGUGGAGGAGGAUGGAAAGACACAAGGAGAAGUGGUAGAGAAAGAGAAAGAAGAGAAGAAAACAACAGAUGAAGAAGAGGAAGAGAGUAUCAUUCCUGCCCCGACAUCAGAUCCCCCUAUCUCAGUAGAGAAAGAAAUAGAAAACAGUAGCAGUUGUCACUUACCCAGGGAAGAGGCAAAUACUAAGGCCAACACUUCCUCCCCAAAUCCAGAUCUCCAUCAUCACCACAUACUGAGACGCCAGCCACCCACAAGAGGCUCCCACCUAACCAAACGUGACAAGAAGAUUAUUGAAAAGAUCAGGAGUUACUAUGAGGCAGCAGCCGAGGCCGAAGAGGACGAGCACGAGGAAGAGGAGGAUGAACAGGGAGAAGGUGUGGCAUCAAGAAGGAGGAGCAGUUUCUCACAAAUCCCAUCUGGUUUAGUGAAGGAUUCGGUAUCACGCUUUGAUGUGGGUGGACAGCAAUGUGCGCCAGAAGGUGGACAAUCCAAGUGUGAAACAACUGAAGCAACCAACAGUGAGGUUCAUCAAGAGACCGAGCUCUAUUCCCCUACUGGUCCCAUCUCUUUCCCUACUCCACUCUCAGCAGAUGCAUAUAAUGAUGGACAGGUAGAUAAACCAAUCAACUUCCUGGACAUUGAUACAGAGGACCAAAUAAAGUCACCAACCUCCACCGUGAUGCAGGACAAGAAGACCCCAGACCAAGCGGGUCUGAAUCUGCAGUUGAACCCAAACAGGCCUGUUGCGGAAGAGGCUGAGAUACAAGACAAAAAUGAAAAGGUCUGUAAAGGACCACUGGAGGAAGCGCUAGAAGAAAGACAAGAGGGAAAGACAAGUGUUGUGACUACUGGGCAGCAAGAUGGAAAUUCACUGGAAGGAGAAGGACCAUCUCCUACCAAACAGUACAAGUGCAGAGAUGAAACAACCAAAACCGGUGCUGGAAACCAAGCUGUUACGAAUGGCCAUGAACCUAAACAAGUAGGCCCAGCAGAACCAAAUAGAAGUCACAAAGAACCCUCUACACCUCUGCCACCUACAGAACAAUGUAAAAAAACUGAGACCAAAACUCAGUCCUCUUGGAAUAGAACCAAACAGAGGGACUUGGCUAAGACCUGCGGGAACCUUGAGGGUCUUCCCAGUCAGAUAAAAGUGGGUAGAUGGUCCCGCCACUCUAGAAUUGUCACUGCUAACCGGGCCUUGUUUGAGGGCAUGGGAUCAGAUGUAGCCGGUAUUGGGUUAUUUGAGGCAAGCCCUGUGGUGGAUCCUGUGCUGAUGGAAAACUCAGAGCGUAUUCUGAGCAAGGUCCAAACAUUGGCCCGGAUGUACAGUGCCAAAGCAAGUACCAUGAAGGUCCCACUGCAUCAGAAACGGGCCAGCGCUGUACGGAACCCAUCAUGGGGCUCAGGUAGACUGUCUGGACACUCAAUGGAGACCCAAACUAAAAGCCAGACUCAAGUUCUAUCUCAGACUCAAAUACAGAUCCCAACUGAGUCCCAACAGCAAACACAUUACAAAAGGGAAAUCAAUCCAUCAGAUACCAGUGCAGAAACCAAAUAUGGAACCCAAACUCUCUCAGAAGCCAAAGUUCAGAGCCAAACCAUAACACAAACUAGGCAGCAGUUGCAGAUCCAACCCAAAAGCCAGAUGUGGGGUCAGACACAGAACCAGACCGAGACUCAAAGCCAGUACCAGACCCAAACCAUGAGCCAGGAUUACCAAACGAUCCAGGAGGAGAGGAUGAUAAAGACAGCGGAGAGCCUGACAAAUGAUUUCCCGCAGACAGUGAUGGCCCCCUGUGAGCCUCUGCUGUUUGUCAAAGAGCAGCUGACCCUGGCCUGCCACCAACAGACAAAUGGAUUCAACCUCUCCAGGCCCAGAGACUUCAUCUCUGCCCUGACUAAAGAAAGAGACUCCAGUGUGAGCUGUAGAUCAGGCGACAACUCCAAGGUUUCCACCACGCCUGGAGAAAAUCCUUCCACUUCGCUAAGAGAUCCGUCAUCCAAUCAGGCCCAGGCUAACAGCUCCAGCUCCGGGUACACCGCCACUGACACCUCCUUGGCUUCUACAGAAUCCAGACAUCACAUAAGAACACAACCUGAAGAUCAGCAUUCCAGUUUGUGCUGCUCUGCCAGGAACAGCCCCUUGACAUCAACUAUGACCUUGGAUUCUACAGUCACCAAGUUCAGGGACUACAGCUCUACCUCGUCCACAAGGAGAGGCAAACCCGUAAAUCAAAAUGGGGAGGUUUACUCGGAUACUGAGGACACAGAGAAAAGAGAAGGGUUGGAGCUGAGUCUGGGAUGCCCUGUUUACUCCGUCAGAGAAGACUCAACAUCUGUAAACAUUACCCAGCCAGCACACUCUGAGCCAAGUCUCUCUGGUCACAGCAUUUCACGGUGGGAACUGGAUUCAUAUAAGCAGGAUAUAUCAGCUGCACAAGAAGACAAACCAGAAUACAACAUUUCCACAGGACACACUGACAACAAAGAUUUUCUAAAGAUCUUUACUAAAGAUGUGCAGAGUGUUCACACAGGGCCUGAAAACGUGGUUUGUUCAGUACACAUGGAUGGAAACACCUCCUCAGGAGAGCUGGGACUGACUGUAGCUUGUACACAGAGUCAGGCUCCAACAGAGUACUACAGAUCCACGAUGCCUCACCCAGGGCUGGCUGGAGAUCAGGCCCAGAGGGAAACACUUUGCCUGCUGGAGGGAGGCGCCACAAUCCUGGGGUCCUCUGGAGGUCCAAAGAAAGAUGAGCUCCCAACUGAGCAGAUUAAAUUAAAUGAGACCAAUGAUUCUUUUUCACAAACUAGGAUGAUUCUGCAAGGUUCAGCAUUGAUCUUUACAGAUCCACCUCAUUACAGAUCCUUAGGAGAACUGGUAAUUCCACCACCCCUGAGUGAGCCUUCGCACAAGACCGUUGACCCCUCACAGGUUACUAGUCAUACAUUGACAGAAACCCCAGAGGAUCACAAAGCAAGAGUACAAGCAGCACCAAGACCAUGGUCAUCUGCUCAAAACUCUGAAUCAAAUCUUUCUGAACCACGCCCUCCAUCGGCUCAGUCUACAGACUUUCUACCAACAUUCAUCAGCCAGAGGCCAUCAGACAUACCCGCUACAAUGGGUAAACUGGCUCAGUCUACCACCAGGAAUGUCAAAAACACCUCUCCAUUCGAACAUAGUUCCAGGGAACCAGACCAACAGCGCUCCCCCACCAGCCUACCUAUUUCCAGGUUCCCUUCAGGCAGCCGCCCAUCUUCCAGACCCUCCUUGGAGACAUCCAGCCUGGUGGAGAGACCUAUUCUAGACCUAUUCCCUGGCCUGGACACAGACCUCACCACAUCCCCCUCAGCCUUCAGACCCAGCCUCCCAAACCGUUCCCCUUCCCCUGUUAGAGCUCUCCCUUCCUCAUCCUCCUCCUCUGUCCAAGCAUCUCCUUGCACCACGCCAUUUAGGAUUGUUCCAGCAUCUUCUCCAACGCCUGUGUCCACUGAAGAUACCUCUCUGAACACUGUCUGCAGGGCUCUCCCCUGUUUCUCUCCUACACCCUCUUCUGGGAAGGAUUCCUCGAUACAAGCUCCCACUGCCUGCUCUGCUGAACCCUCCUCUGCUUUCACUCCCUCUACGUCUUCUGGGAGAUCUUCAGCCAUAAGAGCAGGUCCUCCUCCCUCCCCUACGCCGUCUUCUUCUCACCGCUGUCCUCCAUGCUCCUCACCCACCGCUUCUUCCUCUGCAUUCGCCAGAUCCUUAGCUGCCUCCUGUAUUAGCCAGUCCAUCAGUCAGAGUAUGGCAAGAAAAAACACUGCCGUGCAACAAGCCCCACCCAUAAAUACAGUAAACCACAGCACCUCAUCUCUUUUACGACAACGCUCACCUUCCCCUAAACUCCCUCCCAGUCAGCAUGGCCCCAGCAUGCCUGCAUAUGCUCUGCUGGGGUGCACUAAAGAUGGGUACCAACAUUCAAGGUGUCCGCCGUCCUCUCCCUGGGCCACUUGCCCUUCCCCUCCCAUGCAGUCACCUUCUCCUUCUCUUUCUCAAUGCUCUCCUUCCCUUUCUACGAAACUGGCCCAUCAUCAACAUCCCUGCUCUUCUUCCCCUUCCCCUCGUCCCUCAUUCCUUCACUCCAAAACUGACUCAUCACAGAAUCCAAACAACAACAACAACAACAACAACAACAACAUUAGUUUAGCUGGUAUAACCACAGUGAUCAGCAAUGUAAGUAACACCAGCACCUGUGGCAUUAACCGUGCCGUCAGUAAUGGGGGUUGGUCAGUAAAUUCACAGAAAGUGCCACUAGCAAAUGGUAGCACUAACGCCACAGCAAUGCAAGAUACCCAUGAUCCUCUAUGGUUGGGGUCGCACAACCGUGUAGCUCGGCCUUUUCCUGCAUCCGAGCCCAGCUCACGAGUUCAGUCUCCAUCUCCCUCUCCAACCUUUGCCUCAUUUUCUCGCCUCUGCUCCCCUCCUUCCCAACAUGAUUAUUCCUCCCCCAUGGCAAACAAACCCCCCCAACCCCGGAGCACACGGGUAGGAGGUGCAAGUUCCCAUAACCCACUAGGCCUCACUUUGGAGCUAUCUAGGUCCUCUUCAGCAAGUUCAGCAUUUGGGCAGUCUUCCUCAUGUCUCAGCCCUCGGAUCCUCUCCCCACCUCCUAUUGGUGUGUCAGUGAAUGUUUGGACAAAUAAUGUUGCAGCACCUCAACCUAGAAACCAUAGACAUGGUUCUUCCUCUCCCUCUCCUUCCUUUUCUUCCUCAUUAGGCGCACCAACACUGAAGAAUACCUCUUUCCCUACUUCCUCGUCUUCUUUGGUCCCACAGAUUAGUUCCAGAGCCGCUUCCCCUUCUGUACCCUGUUCUCCUGCAUCCCAAACAAACUCUCAAACCCUUCGUAGGUCUUUCUCCUCCAGCCUGGCAGACAGACCCCCUAGCCCAGUCCGGAGCAACCCUAGUGGACUGCGCCGUUCUUGGGCAGACAGCAGCCGCAGGUCCCUUGGAUUUAUUGGAAGUGGCCGACAGUUGUUUGAACAGCAGGAGUCCUGUCCAACCAGUCCAAGGAGUGGAUGGUCCUCAUAUGGCAGCUCACCGUCCUGCCUCAGCCCUCGAGCUGGGCUUCAAUCCCCACUCUCACCUAGCAGGCUUACCCCAGGGAAGGGGACCCUUGGUGGGCAGCAUUUCACCAGCGUGCCAUGGCCAGAUGUACGAGAGCUGUCAAACAAAUAUAAUGGAACUGAUAGCCUCGAUCCAAGUGCUACAUCAACCAUUGCCUCCUCUCCUUCUCCUUCUCCUCUGUCCUCACUCUCUCACACCCUCCUCUCCUCUCCAGUUCCAUCAGACAGCCAGACAGAAUGGGGAGACCCAGAGCUAGAAGAGGGUAAUUGUCGUAGCCAGCUUAUCUGCGCCUAUAUUGCCCGGCCUUCCUGUGAACAAAAUCUUGCCUCAGGCAUGAAUUCCCCCCCACUUUCCCCCUACCAGCAACACAACUACCAAUCCCAAGUUAAACCACAGUCUCAGGACCAAAUCGCCACCACAACACCUCUUGUACCCCCCGUCUCUUCACCCUUACCCUCAAGCUCAUCGCCACUACCCUUUGCCCAUUCAUCUCCUACCAAACAGGGGAACCAGAAGACCAGUUAUGCCACCACGGUAAACCUCCAGAUUGCUGGAAGUGGCAGAAUAACUUCCUUCAGCACCGCCCAAGUUAGCCUGACUCAAACCUUGCAGGGUGGAGCCGGAGCAGGAGGACCGGGACAAGGGCAGGUGACAAGGAGAGUAAGCAUCAAUGGACUUUCACACCUUGCUUCCCCACUUCCUCAGAACUGCAACAGGCUAUGAAAGAAAUAGGGAAUACUUUCUUUCAUAGCCUUAUGAGACAAUAAAAGAAAAGGUGACAGAAGGAAAAAAGGCAUUAGAAAAGAUGUGGGAAAUUUACCGCCAAGACACAAAGUAAGCGUAAGAAGAUGUUGUGUCACUGCUGGUUUCCAGUUAGUGGUCCAAACCUCCGGAACUUUUCCGUGGCUUGUUGUGAACCACAAACCCCUGUAACUCCAUGAGUUUACCAUGUUGAACAUGAUCUUUCUCAAAUGGCAAACAUGGGGUACUUCAACUUCGAGGGACAUCAUGAAUGUUGUCAGCCCUAUUCAACACUGAUUUUAAGUCAUUCCCCUCUGCGUGAUCGGAUUCAUUUAGGGGUUAGAUGUAAUGCAGAGUACAAAAUUAAUCUUGGUGACUUUUAGAAAAGCUUUAAACCCGAGCUUUAAACAGGUGACCUUUCAAGAAUGGAAAUUCUACCUGCACAUAGCUCAAAUUUGUCAAUAUGGGCUAAUGACUUUGAAUGGUUGCUAAUGGAAUUGUUUUGAAGGUCCUAAUGUUGUAAAAAGUUAACAAAUAUGUGGCCAUCAACGGGAAUGAAUAACUUAGCUGUGAUCUUACUAGAUGAGCAUGCAAAAGCACAGCUUCAUGUGAUGAAUUUGCAGAUGUCUGAAGUCUGAUUAUUACUCAGUUCACUUUCUGAAUGGCUCUGGACUCUUUCUGUGGAUGUGAUGACUUAUUGCAAAAACCAUUCAUUUGAGACACUUUUGACCAUCCAUAACUUUUAGCAUUUAAUGAGCUGGAGUACAUCCGUUUUUGCUAAUCUUGCAGUCACAGGCGUGUUGAAGGUCCAGUUUCCAACCAGUGCUGUAUGCAAUCACAGUUAUUUUUGUUAUUGUUUUGUUUAUAUUCUGUUGAACAAACAUAAAAGUCUGGCUAUCUGAGGCCAGGUUGGUGAUGACUGUGGUUAAUAAUAAUCUAUCUUUUUAAUCAUUUUAUUAUUCUUUUUUAUUUUAUUGUUUAUUUAUGAAUUUAGUUUUAUUCUCUUUGGCACUUAUUAUCCUUAAAGUAAUGUUGAUAUUUUGCACAGUGUCUUCAGCUCUUGGUUGCAUGCAUCAAGAGAUUGUAUGUGUUUGUGUGUGCCUGAAAUGACGUGUCUAAGAAGUUCUCCUUUUAACUUCAGACCAAGCCAAUACCUGUGUGUGUUUGUUUGUUCCCAUAUUGAUAUACUCAGUUGGUUCAUUGCCUUUAAACUCUCUCCUGUUGCCAGUGUCCUUCAGAAACCUUGUAUCUCAAGCUUCACUGGCUAUUCCAAAGUUGUAGCAGAAAGUCAAUGAGAUGGAAAAUGCUGCACGAGAUGUAUUGGCUGAAAGGUUUUACUUAGUUUGGCAACAUGCAUGGCAUACCAGUUUUUUCAUAUGUUAAGAGUUGAUGAUUACCCUAAUGCGCAAGGCUCAGUGUUCAGUUUUUAUUGUUUGUCAUUAAAAACAAAACAAAAAAAGCAGAUCAGUUUGAAUUUUCACCCAGAUUCAAAACUGUGUUUCCCAUUAAAGGAAACACUGUUCACGCUGUUUACAGUUCCUCUUGUAAUAACUCCGGCUCAGAAAAUGCUUCCAGUGACGAAGUGAAAGUAAAGAGACAAAUGGAGAGGAAACACCAAUGAGCUACUGAUUAUGCGCCAUAUUCUGUCAAAGUAUUUUGUACAAGGAUUGAUGUAUAGCACCCCCCCCCCCCAUUACAUAUGGGCACUAGCCAACAAAAAUGUUGUGUAAUCAACUUACAUUUUUUAUUUGUUUAUGAUUUAUGGCAUUAUAACUGUGUUAUACUGCACAAAAGACAUUUUAUUAGUACUUCUCCCUUUUCCAUGUAGGUGCAGGAUUUAUGUAUUGCAUGGAGAAAUGAGCCCACAGUGAGCAAAAAAUGCCCAGAAACUGCUUGGAGUUUGGAGGGUUAAGAGAUGUCUACAGGGCGCUAGUGACAAACUGGAGAGAACAUAAUGUUUUUGGGAUCUGGUGAAAAGGGCAAAUAUAAACUAAGGCUGCGUUCGAAAAGUCUUUUUUGCUCAGGAAGGUUCCUAACAGAGUGAAGUGACCCGAAAGUAUUUCAGUGGCAGCCAUGAUAAGAGCUUUUGGAAUUCUCUGUAAGCUGAGGAAAGGAGCCUCGAUGCUUCCUGUAAUUUCUCCUUUAGCAUAGGGCACACCGGACCAUCCUUUACGAAAGGAAAGGAGAGAAUGCCGUCCCACAAUUCCUUGCGGCGGCAACAUUUAAAGCGACGCACGUUCUCAAACUCAAAUGAUAAAAUCCAUUGACCACAUUUAGCAAAAUCCUGCAAUACAAACACACAUUAUGGUAGGCUACCUGAAUAAGAGUCACAAUUAGCCUAUUUCUUUCUUUUGGUUUGUUUUCUUUUGGCUUUGCUGUUUCACCGUUUUAUUGUUGAAA